AGACCGGUGUUAGGCAAGGUUGCUUACUCUCACCCUUUCUCUUUCUCCUGGUGAUUGACUGGAUCAUGAAGACGUCAACGUCUGAAGGGAAGCGCGGGAUACAAUGGACAUCUAAGAUGCAGUUGGAUGAUCUAGACUUCGCAGACGAUCUGGCCCUUCUAUCCCAAACGCAACAACAGAUGCAGGAGAAGACGAACAGUGUGGCAGCAGCCUCAGCAGCAAUAGGUUUCAAUAUACACAAAGGUAAAAGCAAGAUUCUCCAAUACAAAACAGCCUGCACCAAUCCAAUCACAAUUGACGGAGAAGAUUUGGAAGAUGUAAAAACCUUUACGUAUUUGGGCAGCAUCAUUGAUGAACAUGGUGGAUCUGAUGCAGAUGUGAAAGCGCGGGUCGGUAAAGCAAGAGCAGCUUAUUUACAACUGAAGAACAUCUGGAGCUCAAAGCAACUGUCACCCAACACCAAGGUCAGGAUUUUCAAUACAAAUAUCAAGACAGUUCUACUGUAUGGGGCAGAAACCUGGAGAACUACGAAAGCCAUCAUCCAGAAAAUACAGGUGUUUAUUAACAGUUACCUACGCAAAAUACUUCAGAUCCAUUGGCCGGACACUAUUAGCAACAACCUACUGUGGGAGAGAACAAACCAGAUCCCAGUGGAGGAAGAAAUCAGGAAGAAGCGCUGGAAGUGGAUAGGACACACAUUGGGGGAAGCACCCAACUGCGUCACAAGACAAGCCCUCACAUGGAAUCCUGAAGGUCAAAGGAAAACAGGAAGACCAAAGAACACAUUACGCCGGGAAAUGGAGAUAGACAUGAGAAAAAUGAAGAAGAAUUGGAUGGAAGUAGAAAAGAAGGCCCAGGACAGAGUGGGUUGGAGAAUGCUGGUCAGCGGCCUAUGCUCCAUUGAGAGUAACAGACGUAAGUAAGUAAAGUAAGUAAGUUAUCAUCACAUGAUAGGAGUGACCGAUUUAUUGUUUAAUCCCAAAUUACAGAGUGCUUUGUUAAAAUGUAGAUAUCAUACACUAACUACAUCAUUUCCACAUCUAUUUUGAAUAGUUUUUUGAAAGCUUCAUUAUUCCUUCAUUCUCUUAGUAUUUUGAAUGCUUUCAGUUUCCUUUUCUCUUCUUUUUACUUCAAUCUUCUCAAACUUCUGCACGCAAGCAUUCCAUUUCCGAUUAGUGCUACGUGCUACUUAUAUCUG